UGCUUCACAGGGAGUGAAGGCACUUCCUGUCGGUGGAACCGCUUCGACCGGGUCAAAAAGUUGAAGUUUGAAUUCCGCUUCCGUCUGGGUUUAUUCGCCCACCCUCGUUUUGGGUUUUCCACUUCGUAUCCUCCCCGCAUCGACGCUUGCUUUGGCUCUCAGUCUUUAUGCAUGUCGGCCUCCCACUUCCUGUGAGUCCUUUUCAUGCGCGUGGAUGCAAAGCAGGAGAGCAGGAGUCUGGCAGCGGAGAGGAUGAUCGACGCUCUCAACCUCGCAGCAUCAGUGAAAGUUUCCUGACCGUUAAAGGGGCCGCACUCUUCUUGCCUCGGGGAAAUGGCUCCUCGUCCUCCUCUGGAUCCCGCUUCUCCGAACUGCGCAGCAAACAUGCAGGAGACAUCCAGCAGCAUCUUCAGACAAUGUUCACCGUCCUCAGACCAGAGGACAACAUCAAACUGGCGGUCCGACUGGAGAGCGCUCACACUCUGAUGACGCGCUACAUGGUGGUGGUGUCCACCAACGGGAGGCAGGACACAGAGGAGAGUGUGGUCCUCGGAGUGGACUUUAGUCCUGUGGACAGUUCGUGCUCCGUGGGCUUGGUUCUUCCCCUGUGGAGCGACACGCUGAUCCAUCUAGACGGAGACGGAGGCUUCAGUGUGUCCACAGACUGCAGAGUGCACGUGUUCAAACCCGUCUCCGUGCAGGCCAUGUGGUCGGCGCUGCAGUCGCUGCACAAAGCCUGCGAGGUGGCGCGAUGUCACAACUACUUCCCAGGUAGCUUGUUCCUCACCUGGGUCAGCUACUACAAGAGCCGCGUCUCCUCCGACCAGGCUCGCAUCAACGAGUGGAACGCCAUGCAGGACCUGCAGUCGUACCGAGCCGACUCUCCCGUCCUCUUCUCCGACACGCCCACGGAGCGUGAGUUGACGGAGCGCGAGAUUAAGAGCAGUUUGAGGGAGAUCAUGAUGCAGAAAGACCUGGAGAACGUCACCUGUAAGGAGAUCCGUACAGAGCUGGAAAUGCACAUGACUUGCAACCUGCGGGAGUUCAAAGAGUUCAUCGACAACGAGAUGAUCGCCAUCUUGGGGCAGAUGGACAGUCCCACGCAGAUCUUUGAUCACGUCUUCUUGGGAUCCGAGUGGAACGCGUCCAAUUUGGAGGAGUUGCAGAACAGCGGCGUCCACUACAUCCUGAACGUGACGCGGGAGAUUGACAACUUUUUCCCGGGCGUCUUCGAGUACCACAACAUCCGUGUGUAUGACGAGGAAGCCACGGACUUGCUGGCCUACUGGAACGACACCUACAAGUUCAUCACCAGAGCCAAGAAGAACGGCUCCAGGUGCCUGGUGCAUUGCAAGAUGGGAAUUAGUCGCUCGGCGGCCACGGUCAUCGCCUACGCCAUGAAGGAGUACGGUUGGGAUCUGACCAAGGCCUUCGACUACGUGAAGGAGCGCCGAGCGGUCACCAAACCCAACCCUUCGUUCAUGAGGCAGCUGGAGGAGUACCAGGGCAUCCUGCUGGCCAGCAAGCAGCGGCACAACAAGCUUUGGCGUUCUCACUCUGACAGCGACCUCUCCGAGCACCACGAGCCGUUGUACAAAGCCGCCCGCCAACCGCGUAGCCUGGGCCGCUCGGACCUUCGCAACCAGGCCGCCGUCCCGCUCGGACCCUCCGUCAAAGAGCUGCUAGAGUCGCUGGGGCGCAACGUCCCGUCCCGUCCGCUCAGCUCGCCGCCGUGUGACUGCGUGGUGGCUUCGCCGUGCGGUGCUUCUCCUGUGGCGUCGCCGUUCUCGAACGGUCUCGGCGAACCUGAGGAGGAGCGGCAUCCGUCCGCUUCUGGGUGGUCACCGCCUCUCUCGCUGCCGACGGCCGCCACCGUGGUGCCCGAGCUCCCCCGCGCAGAUGCCGUAACGGUGGCGCAGAGUGUCGCUUUGGGGCAGCCCUACCCGCCCGCGGCCCUGCACCGCCUGUCGCCCCCGCCGCCUUCUUGGGCAACCGUGUCCGUGCCUGAAGCGGAGAUUUCGCAGCAGGGCCGUUGCUCUGGCCUGCCUGCGCUGUCACUUGUCCACAAAUCAGAUGGCUCGAUUCCGGGCGGCCCCCCUUCCGCCGGAGACGCUUUCAUCUCCCCCUGUGUGUUGUUUGACCACAGGGACCGCAUCGACUUCUUCACUGCCAGGGAGAAGUUCAAGGGCAUGACCCGAGACAGUCGCGGCGCGCAGCGACAUUCCCCACCGCCUCCCGAAUUCCUUGCUGGAGACGAGCUGAAAAGAAAGACGAUCGUUCCCGUGCAGGUCACAGGAUUGAAGCUGGCCGUGCAGUCUGAGUGGUCCAAGCUCGGCCAAUUGGAGCACAGGGGCCAGGAAGUGAGGAGGUCUGAGCAGGAAGUGGAGGGUGGAGAUCUUUGUUGUCAGACCAUGAAGCAGGAAGUGAAGAACAAAGAGGGGGAAGAGGAGGCGGUUGGCAGUCGUCUUUACAGGGAUUGGACGCGAGGUUCGGUGCGUUGUGUCACUCGCCAGCUGGAGCGUCGGAUGCAGCGGGAACGCCGCAUACCCCCGCCGUCCUCGUCCCCGCCCUCAAACUCAGGAAGCCCCUCCGUCUCUGAGCGCCGCACGCCUGCACAGCCAAUCACAACCCGCGACCGAGAGGAGGAGCGCGCCGUGAACCCCGGCCCGGUCAUAAUGACCGGCGGCAACGCGAGGAAUGCCGACAGCGACUGGCUGUCCGUCGUCGACUUCCUCUGUGCGGGGGGCACGUCGGGCCCGCACUGGGACGGCGUCAUCCUGAAGGAGACGUGGGAGAUGCUCCGCGAGCUCGGCGCCUUCCUGCUGCAGGUGAGCGUGGGCGUGGCCGGAGCCAAUCGGAAGCGAGGCGGUGGCGCACAGAGGCGACUCCGAGAGGUGGAGGCUCGGAUCCGCCAGGCCGGCCUGACCCCGCCCUCGCUGAUGAAGCGCUCGGCCUCGUUAGCCAAGUUGGGCUGUUUGGAGCUGCUCGCCAACGACCUCACCGAGUGGGAGCUGAGCCGCGGCCACGCCGACGCCGACUCGGCCGCACGGCCGUCCGCCGACUCCCCCUUCACGGAGCCUCUGGUCCACGCGGGCGCCGAGGACCCCAAGAAGCAGCGCGUCCACGACACUCCCUCUUCAGUCGACCGAACGCCCGCGGCGUCGGGAUUGCCCGCAGGCGAGAGCCUACGCUGGCCCCGAGACUCGUCGUCGUCGCCGUCCUCUUCCAGUCUGCCGCUUUUGCCCACGCUGCCGCUCUUCACCUCCAGGCAGCAGUACGGAAGAAGUCACCCCGUCAGGCGCCUCAAGAAAACAACCCUCAGUGCGCUCUACCACACCAUGUAGACGUCACUCUCAUUCACAACACAAACCAGUGCCUCUUGCCUUAAACCAUGCGACCUUUGAAGGUUAAACGAGCCCAAUUGUACAAACGUGAGCUGACGCAUUCCCUCUUCUUCAUCAUCUUCAUCGUCUUGAUCUUUAAAGAUGACAGCUGGUGUUUGCUGGAAUGUUGGAAUGUGAUGUCGCGUUCACCUCCGAUCCUUCAGCCGUUCUUCCUCGCGCUUCGUGGACACGGCCAAUCACAGUCGUGUGUCGGGCCAAUCAGGAGCAACAUGUUUAUUUAUUUAUUUUUUUAAAUUUGAUUUGGUUUUUAAAUAAACGUUUUUGAUGACAUCGUACCUCAGAAGCACGUGACCUGCACACCUGCAAUGUUCCACCUCCCUCAUCAAGUGCUGAUGCCACUCAAGACGUGCGCGUGUGCGCACUUGCGUGAGCCCCUCCCUGCCUGUGUGUGUGUGUGUGUGUGAACAGUGUGACAGGGAUGUGAUAUGGGACUUUGUAAGUCUUUCUACAUUUUAUAUCUUAAAUUUGUAAGAUUGUGAAGCACAACUUUUAACUUGUUUUUUUGCGUGUGGGUGGCAAGUGAAGCUUGUGGUAUGUCAUACAUGCACUUUAUCCUUUAUUUUUUGUUUCGAUGUGGUUGCAACGUGUGGGGUCAUGUGACAGUAGAAACUGUGUGUGUGUGUGUGUGUGUGUGUGUGUUUGUUUGUUUCAAUCUAUCAGUCUAAAUGUUGUUUUAUAUCAUGUCUUAUCUACUGUGACCAUUAAAUGGAUGGAAAAUAAAUCAUUUGGAUUUAGUUAAA